AUGGGUCUGCCUCUAAUGUCAUCAGUAGUGUUCCCGUUCUCGCUCGCGGCAGGGCUAGGCGGCAGUCAUGCGACCACAACUUGGAACUUGGCUGACUUUGUGAGUCGCUUGAUGAGUGAACUACCGAUCUCCACUCUUUACGGCGUUGUGGCUGGCGACGCCACUCACCUCCACCAUAUCCUUGCACACAUUGGGUUUGCGUUGUUCAGUGGCGUUGAUGUUCCGCGAGUGACGAGACCGAAUAUCCGAACGUGGGCGCAGGAUCUCGUUGCUGAACUCCGUCGUUUAUUGCGCUCGCAUGCGCUCCCUGCUGACGUGCUGGAUCAAGUUAAUGGGUCUGAAGAGCGACAGACGGCGCUUGGGAACGAGUUGCUGCGUGUUGUGGAGCCAUUUAUCCCGGACCUGGUUGAAUACCUAGUUCGAGCCACGUCUGCUAGUCGCGCCGCAGCAUUUGGAACAAGCAGCGCAACUUUCUUGCGCACCAUGGCUCAGCAAGUUGUUCGACAACUACGGGCCUACGCGAGAGGCGACUCGAUGGAAAAUGAAGAUGAUAGCGACGAGCGCUUGAAGCGUUUGCUGCGAGGACUAUUCGUGUGGCUCGGCGUAACCGAGCUCAUCGCGCGCUUUGUUGUGGAUAGUCUGUUGUGCUGGACUGAAGGAGACGACGCUUCUAGUCAUCGUGGCCGUACACGUCAACGGGAGGAAACUGACCCCACUGAUGCGCCAGCUACUAAGCGACGGCGUGAGUAA